UCGACCUAAAUAGAAAAUGAAUCAAACGAAAAGCUUUUGGCCAAAAAAAAAAAAGAGAGAAAGAAAUGCGUUGUGUUUACCAAAUAGAAACAUUCAAUCUCAACGUAAAACCAACCACUCAACUUCAAAGAAAAAACCUCCUCCCAUGCAUGCCCUAAAUUACUCCUCACCCUUGUUUUUUCUCACCUUUGUCACCUCCACCAUUUCUUUCGCACCCCAUCUCUCCCAUGGAGGAUGAGCGGGUCGUCGCCGGUACCCGGUUGCUGUCGUCGACACCCCACACCACCACUAAUCUCAUGAAUUUGCCUCCCCCUCCAGGCCACCCCUUAGCCACCUACGUCGUCCAAGUCCCUAAAGACCAAAUCUACCGCGUCCCGCCGCCCGAGAACGCCGGCAUCGUCGAACGCCACCGCAAGGCGGCUAAGGCCGGAGGCAAGAAAAGCAAAUGGAACUGCUCCACCUUCUUGAUAUGGUUCCUGAUUGUUUUUCUCCUCUUAUGUGUUAUCGUUGGCGGAACCCUAACGGUGAUUCACUUCAUUUUCACCCCCGUAGCCCCCAGUUUCUCCGUCACAAAGCUCCAUGUUAAGCAACGGAAACAAGGCAGCCCACCUACGUAUCAUGUUACGCUGAAAGCCAAGAAUAUGAACGAAAAGAUGGGGAUCGAAUACAAAUCAGAUGAAGACGGCGGGAGUCUUAUUUUCUGGACGAAAACCCUCGGAUUCGGAAACUUUCCCGGCCUCAAACAAAACGUCGGCGAUUCGGGCAACGUCAAUAUUAAAAUCCAAGGCUUGAAAGGGAAACAGGUGCCGACUAUGGUUCAGAAGAGCAUCAGCGACAAAAAGACGAAACGCCAAAUUUCUUUGAAGCUGAAACUCGAAUGUCCGUUAGAGUUUAACGUUUGGAUCUUAAAGCUUUGGAAGAAAGACUUGGAUGUCAACUGUGACUUUAGGGUGAGCACCAUGGCACAAGGAACCAAAAUUUUGUCCCAAAAGUGUAAGACCAAAUUGUCUUAAAGAUUGAUGCACAAGGUUCGGCCAACGACCUCUUGAGAUCUCUCCAUGCUAAUGUU